AUGCUGCUGCCCGGGUGGUCAAAGUCCCGCGGCCCCCAGCAGGCACGGUAUCGAUCCUGGAACCCGUCUGUGCCGGUUCUUGUCGAAUCGCUGGCCAGAAGAGGUAGUUGGUCCGGGCGACCAGAGCAGCCCGCUCAGGGGGGAUCCCUGUGGCAUGAUUUUUUCGCACGCCAGGUUACGUGUACCCAGAGAAUUACGGCAUGA